AUGUCCCCAACUCUUUAUAGUGCCUUCAAAGGUGAAAUCGAUGGGGAAAAUCUUUAUAUUGUUGAUAUCCCCACAAUGGAUCACUAUGCCUAUUGUCCCCAUCAACAUGUUUUGGAGAGUAGCACCCCAACUUUGUUCAUUCCCUUAUGCGAUGAAACCACGAGGAAUAAUAAGAGGAAGAGAACCGUGGAAAUUCCCUUUUGGUUGGGAAGCUUUAACACCCAUUCAAGCCUCAACACUAAUAGCAGUAGGAACAGCACGAAAAAGCAUUUCAGAGAUCACAUACAGACUUAUACACAAAGAUAUCUUGCAGCUGAAGGUGUUGAAGAGGGAUCAGAAGAUAUGAACAUUUCUGAGAGUGAAGAAGAUGGGUGUGCUGAUGGAAUGAGGCUUGUUCAACUUCUAAUUGCAUGUGCUGAAGCAGUGGCAUGUCGUGACAAAUCACACGCUUCGAUAUUACUAUCUGAACUCAAAGCCAAUGCUUUGGUUUUCGGGUCUUCAUUCCAAAGGGUCGCUUCUUGUUUCGUGCAAGGCCUGGCUGAGAGGCUCACUUUGAUCCAACCUAUUGGGCCUGUGGGGGUGAUGCAGCCUAUGAUGAACAUCAUGGACGCAGCUUCUGAAGAAAAGGAAGAAGCGUUUAGGUUGGUUUAUGAAACAUGUCCGCACAUUCAGUUUGGACACUUUGUGGCUAAUGCCACAGUAUUGGAAGCCUUUGAGGGUGAGAGUUUCGUUCAUGUGGUUGACUUAGGUAUGAGCCUUGGUCUUAAACAUGGGCACCAGUGGAGGGGACUUAUCCAAAGCCUAGCAAACCGUGCUGGUCAACGUGUACGUUGCCUAAGAAUCACAGGUGUAGGACUUUGUGAGAGACUCAAAACCAUCGGUGAGGAACUCUCGGUUUAUGCAAAUAACUUGGGCAUUAACUUGGAGUUCCAAGUGGUGCAAAAGAAUUUAGAAAGUUUGCAGCCUGAGGAUAUAAAAGUGAGAGAGGAAGAGGUUCUUGUGGUGAAUAGCAUUCUUCAGCUGCAUUGUGUGGUGAAAGAGAGUCGUGGGGCUUUGAACUCUGUCUUGCAGAUGGUUCAUGGGCUUUCACCAAAAGUGUUGGUGAUGGUGGAGCAAGAUUCGAGUCAUAAUGGACCCUUUUUUCUUGGAAGGUUUAUGGAGUCAUUGCACUAUUACUCAGCUAUUUUUGACUCAUUGGAUGUUAUGUUGCCAAAAUAUGACACUAAGAGGGCAAAGAUGGAGCAGUUUUACUUUGCUGAGGAGAUAAAGAACAUUGUGAGUUGUGAGGGGCCAUUGAGGAUGGAGAGGCACGAGAGAGUGGACCAGUGGCGUAGGAGAAUGAGUAGGGCUGGGUUUCAGGCUGCACCUAUUAAGAUGGUGGCUCAGGCUAAGCAGUGGCUAACCAAGAACAAGGUUUGUGAUGGGUAUACGGUUGUGGAAGAGAAAGGGUGCUUGGUGCUUGGCUGGAAGUCAAAGCCUAUUGUUGCAGUUUCCUGUUGGAAAUGCUGA